UCUCUUUUUAUCUGAGCAGAUAUAAAGCAAAGCGCCACAGUUUAAUGUAAGAAACUAUUAACCAUGGGAGUGGUGAGGGCGGAAAACAGCGCAGCUCUGAAGUUCGAGGAGAGUUUUAUCCAGGGCGAAGAGCAUCGUCCCAACCGAUUCCCCGCUUCCCCAGACGAUGGAAAUGUGGAAAUCCCUGUCAUAGACCUGGAAAAGAGCUGUGCAGAGGAUGUGGAAAAGGCGUGCAGAGAGUGGGGUUUCUUCCACCUCGUCAACCAUGGCUUUCCUGACCAUCUUCUCCACCGCCUCAAAUCCGCCGCAGCAGAUUUCUUCUCGUUGCCUCUUGAAGAAAAGAGACGAGUAUCCAGGGAUGCUCGAAACCCAUAUGGCUACUUUGAUUCGGAGCUUACGAAAAAUGUGAGGGAUUGGAAAGAGGUGUUCGACUUUGCGCCGCGAGAGGAUAUUCAGUUGCCCACAUCUGUUGAUCCGCAUGACACUGAUACCGAGACCUUCACAAACCGCUGGCCGGAUGGCCACCCAGAUUUCAGAGAAGCUUGCCUGGCCUAUAUAGCGGCUGCAAGGGAGUUGUCAUUUAGGUUGUUGCAGUUAAUAGCACAAAGCCUUGGCUUACCGGAAAACCGAUUGAAUGAAUACUUCAAAGAUGAUCUAAGCAACAUACGGCUAAAUAGUUACCCCGAGUGCCCAGCCCCUGAGCUUGCACUGGGCUUGGGAAGGCACAAAGAUGGUGGCGCUGUCACCCUUCUUUACCAAGAUGACGUAGGUGGAUUGCAAGUCAAACGCAAAGACAAUGGUCACUGGCUCCCUGCUCAACCCCUGCCCAACUCCUUUGUUGUCAAUGUUGGAGAUUGCAUUCAGGUGUGGAGCAAUGGCAGGUACGAGAGCGUAGAGCACAGAGUGGUGGUUAAUGAUAGUCGAAGACGUCUUUCCAUUCCGUUUUUCCUUAGACCUUCCCACUAUGUGAUGAUGAAACCUCUUGAAGAGUUGGUGAGUGAAGAGAAUCCUCCCAAGUACAGGGAAUUCAACUGGGGAAAGUUUUUUAAGAGGAGGAAGGAUGGCAAUUUUAAAAAUUUGGGAGUUGAGAAUCAACAAAUAUAUCAUUUUAGAAUCUAAGAGUUGUGAGAUUAGUAAAUGGGAUUACCUAGUACAGAGUUUCUUAGACAUAAGCUGCUACUAAAGAAGAAAUUAUCUUAUCUACGUAGAUUGAAAAUAUUAUAAAAAUAAAAAAUCUAGAUGUAUGAGAAAGAGUGCAUACCUACACUAUGUUUGUAAAGGAAUAUAUUGUUUUCUUGUCUAUUUAUAAAUAAAGUUCUAUGUAAAUAACUGAUAAUUUGACAAUUAGUAAUAAUUGAAUAUGGGAAAUGUUCAUAGACAAUAUAAAUGUGUUUAGUAGAUAAUUGAAAAAGUUUUUUAAACUGA